AUGGAUCAACUCUUCACCUUCAUCCUGCUCUGCGAAUUGUCUGGAACGCUUACCAAGUACAUUUAUGUUGACCAGAAAAUGGAUUGGCUUGAAGCUCAGAAGUACUGUCAGCAGAACUACACAGACCUGGCCCCUGUAAGUACUGAGAAGGAUGUCAACAAACUAAAGCAGCUCUCCGGAAAUGUCACUCACCAUAUCUGGAUAGGACUGGUGAGAAAUUUGCCAGGUAAUGAGAACUGGAGAUGGUCAGGAGGUGAAGUGGUGUCCAGGAAUUUCUGGGCGGAAAAUCAACCUAACAACUGUCAGGGUAAUGAAGAUCGUGGCUGUAUGCAGGAAAGCAAGUGGUACGAUGCAACCCUAUUGUAUCAAACAACCUUCUUCUGCUACAGUGCAGAAGUGGUGAUGGAGGAAAAGACUUGGGAGGAAGCCUUGGAGUACUGCAGAGAGCGCUACAAGGACCUGGCCAGUGUGGCAUCUGAGACCGAGAAGCUGCUGAUCCAGAAAGAGCUGAACACACUUAACACCACUGAAAUCGUCUGGAUUGGCUUGCGUUUCCUGCCUGGGGACUGGCUCUGGGUGGAUGGGCAGGAGAUGGACUACGAGGCCUGGGGUCAAGGGGGAAAACCAAUGUGUCCACAACCCAAUAUGAAGUGUGGAGCCCUACAGGUGACAGGAGCCAAUAAGGGUGCUUGGAAGGCUGGUGACUGUGAGGACAGACUACAUUUUGUUUGCUACUAAAGUAGUUUACUUUGCCAACUUCAUUUGAAUUAGCCUUUAUUUACCUACGGUUAGCACAAAUCUG